AUGUUGUCCAUGACGGGUGCAUCAUUUGUUGUUAUCGAUGGAGCUUUAAAAGGCGGCGAAGAAACGUUCACAGUCAGCGUUUUAGAAGGCAGUUAUGAAUAUGGGUUGAAAAAAUCAAGAAUUCUUGGUUCGCUGUACUCAAUACCGUGUAACACCGAAUGGUCUCUCAGACUGGUUGCUGUGUAUAAUAUUGCAAAAGGCCGAUUCGCUUACCUUGUUCAGUCGAAGGUGUUUGCUGUCAGUGAACAGAUCACUGCCCAGAUUGCUCGAACUCUGGUGCCAUUUGUCAGUGCACUGGUUGACCAUGAUCACAGACUUGUCACUUCACAAUUAUAUAUUGGUGACGGGUAUGUCUGUCUGUCUGUCCGUCUCUCUGUCGCUUCCGUCGUCAAAUUAUUGCGAUCUGUCGUAAAAGCUGGUGGUGGGUAUGAGGUAAGCAGUGUUGCUGCCGAUAUCGAAGAUGGGCAAGUUCGACUACGCCAGUAG